UUAAGGUGAACAAAGCGGCGGAGGAGGCGGCAGGUCUUGUAGGAUCUCCAACAUUUUUUGGACACUCCAACCCUGCGUGGCCACUCCGUGCCUCAGUUUCCCCGCACAAACCACCGCAACUCCCGCUCCCACUCCUCCUGGGUGGCGACGGUGACAAAGGGACCAAAGUCCUUCCUCCGCCACCUCCGCCGGUGACAGAACUCCCUCGAUCCCUGUCCCCCGCAGGGAUGUUCACCAAGAAACCCUACGACAGCUCCUACGGGCCGCCCCCCGCCUCCUACGGGCCGCCCGCGGGCGACUACGGCUACGACUUCGCCGCCCGCUCGCCGCCGCCGGGCUCCUACUACAUCGAGGACGUCCCUCAGCAUUUCUACAAGUGGUCGUCGCCGCCGGGGCUGGUGCGGCUGCUGGAGGGCGCGGUCAUGCUGCUGUGCGUCGCCGUCUUCGCCUGCGUGGCCUCCACGCUGGCCUGGGAUUACGGUUACGGUUACGGCUACGGCGGCGCGCUGGGCACCGGCCUGGGCGGCUUCUACGGCUCCGGUUAUUACGGCAGCGGGGUGAACUACGGUUACGGUUACGGCGGUUACUACGGCGGCGUCGCCAACCCGCGGGCGGCCAACGGCUUCAUGAUCGCCAUGGCCGUGCUUUGCUUCCUGGCCCAGCUGGGGCUUUUGGUGGCCAGCUUGAGCAAGUCCAGCGGUUCGCGGUCGCGGCGUUUCUACCUGGUGGUCAUCGUGGUGUGCGCGGUGCUGGCCUUGCUGAUGUUGGUGGCCAGCAUCGUCUACGUGGUGGGGGUGAACCCGCAGGCGCAGAUGAGCGGCGGUGGCUACUACUACAGCCCGCUGCUGGCCAUGUGCAGCCAGGUGUACGCCGGCGGCACCGUGCUCAACCAGUACCUGUACCACUACUGCACCGUGGACCCGCAGGAGGCCGUGGCCAUCGCCUGCGGGUUCCUGGCCGUGCUGCUGCUGUGCCUCAUCUGCGUCCUGGCGCACAAGACGCGCAGCAGGAUCUGGAAGUACGGAAAGCACAACAUCCACUGGGACCGGCUCCCCGCGGGGCCGCAGGGCGCCGACGUCGAGGAGUGGGUGAAGAACGUGUCGGGCGGGACGAGCGUUCCGGACGAAGCCGCCACCGUGGCGUACUCGGAGAAGGGCGGGACCCCCGGGCCGGCCCCUCCCUACAGCCCCCCCUCGUACAGCGAACCCCCCGUGAAGGGCUGGAAAAGUGACGUCCCCCCUGAUGUCCCCAAUAUCCCCAAUGUCCCCGAUAUCCCCGAUGGCCCCAUGUCCCCUCUGAUGGCCCCAGUGUCCCCAAUACCCCCAAUAUCCCCGAUGGCUCUGGCCGAGGAGUACAACCACCUCAAGGACGUGAAGCGGAGCCCGGAGUACCAGGACAAAAAACGAGAAUCCAAAACUCUCCGGAACAAACUCUUCCACAUCAAAAGGAUGGUGAGCGACUACGACAAACUCCGGGGCUGACCCCGAAGCCACCACCCCAAAAAAAAGGGACAUUUUUAGGGGGGACACCCCAAAAAACACCCCCCGACACCCUCCAAAGACUUUUGUGCCUUUUUCUUUGUGUUAAAAAGACCCAAAAUUCCUCGUUUUGAGCCCUCCCCGGUGCCAAGGUGGCGGGGGAUGGUGGCAGCUGUUGGUGUGACCCCCCCCACCUCAAAAUGUCCCCAAAUGUCCCCCACACGCUUUGGGACCCCCCCAGUGCCUUCCCCUGGUUGUAAAUAGGUUUUUUUAUGGGGUUUGCACUCCCCUGGCUGCCUUAAAGGGCUUUUGGGGGUCCCAAAUUGGGGUUUGGGGGGACAAAAAAAAAACCUUUUGGGUUUUUCAAUUUUGGGGGGGAUCCAAAUCCCCAAUAUUUCGUAGGGAAUUGGUGGGAACUGUGGGAAUUGUGUAAUAUUUUAAUUGUUUUGUAAUAAAUGAAGUGUAAUUGUUGA